AUGAAUAAUUUAAAGAGAAAUAUAAAGAAUUACUUACUUCUAACGGAUUCUGAAUCGUAUUCAGAAGAAGUACACAAGUUUUGUUUAGAACAAAUACAAGACGGCCGCCAAGUCCUUUUGAUUACUACAAAACAAUUUGCAUAUACUCCAUUAACGCAAGGAUCUCAGUUAAGCGGUGAACAAUUGCAGCGUUUAUUGAUAAUGUAUUGUCGAUCAUUAGGUGAGGUUAAUCAGAAACUUUUGGAAUUAUACGAAUGGUCAUUGCCACACAAUUUGGUUGUAGUGGACGUUUGUCAUGAUGUUUGCGAUUCAUUUGUCCAUAAGAUUGCACACUGCAUAGCUUGCUUAUAUGGUUUUUUGCAUUCGAUGGAAACGCAACAGAGGAAACGAUGUAGUUCGAAAACUAGCAAGGAAUCGAAAAUUUACUGCAUAUUUUCAAUUAAAUUUGAUGAACAAAACUUCACACGUGAACAAGUAGAAAUUUUGAGAAAUUUAUAUUUCUAUGAGAAUACUAAGUUAUUUGAAAGCUUCAAUGAAAUAAAAGAAAAAUUACGCGAAGAAAAUUCAAAAGAUUAA